AGGAGGAGGAGGAGGAGAAGAAGAGGAACCGUUCCCGGGGAUUUAUUUUUCCAGUGGAUUUGGCGUCUCUCCCUGUUUUUUUUUUCCCCAAGCCAGCGGGUCGGGUCUUUUUGUGGGGGAUCCGUAUUUUUCUCUUGGAAAGAAAAUUUGGGGAGCCAGCAUGGUUGCCGGGAUGGGGGCGCUGCUUUGGGCUCCCCUCGGGCUGUUGCUGUCACUUCGGGCCGGAGCCGCUGACGUGAAAACGCGGAGCUGCGGCGAGGUGCGGGAGGCGUACAAAACGAAAGGCUUCAGCCUGGUUAACAUCCCCUAUCAGGAGAUCGCAGGGGAACACUUGAGAAUCUGCCCUCAGGAAUACACAUGUUGCACUUCAGAAAUGGAAGACAAACUAAGCCAGCAAAGCAAACUGGAAUUCGAGAAUCUGAUGGACAAGACAAGCCAUUUUGUCCGCACCACAUUUGUAUCAAGGCACAAGAAAUUUGAUGAAUUUUUCCGAGAGCUCCUGGAGAACGCAGAAAGAUCCUUGAAUGAUAUGUUUGUACGAACAUACGGCAUGUUGAACAUGCAGAAUUCAGAAGUAUUCCAGGACCUCUUCAUAGAACAACGAUAUUACACAGGAGGCAAUGUGAACUUGGAGGAGAUGUUGAAUGACUUCUGGGCCCGUCUAUUAGAGCGAAUGUUCCAGCUCAUAAACCCCCACUAUCAUUUCUCUGAGGACUAUCUAGAGUGUGUGAGCAAAUACACAGACCAGCUUAAGCCUUUGAGAUGUACCCAGAAACUCAAGGUUCAGGUGACGAGAGCUUUCAUCGCGGCAAGGACCUUCGUUCAGGGGCUGACCGUGGGGAGAGAAGUUGCUAACAGACUUUCAAAAGUGAGUCCCACCCCAGGAUGCAUCCGGGCAUUAAUGAAGAUGCUGUACUGCCCUUAUUGCCGAGGACUGCCCACUGUGAAACCUUGCAAUAACUACUGCCUCAACGUAAUGAAGGGCUGCCUUGCAAACCAAGCAGAUCUGGAUACCGAAUGGAAUCUCUUCGUAGAUGCCAUGCUUUUGGUAGCUGACAGACUAGAGGGACCAUUCAACAUUGAGUCAGUUAUGGAUCCCAUUGAUGUCAAAAUUUCUGAAGCCAUAAUGAACAUGCAAGAAAACAGUGUGCAUGUGACUGGAAAGGUUUUCCAAGGGUGUGGCCAGCCUAAACCAGCUCCAGGCGUAAGAUCUUCUCGAUCCAUUCCUGAAAACUUCAACCCUCGCUUUCGACCUUAUAACCCAGAAGAAAGACCAACAACUGCUGCUGGCACCAGCUUGGACAGGCUGGUAAUUGACAUUAAAGAAAAACUAAAGCUUUCCAAAAAGUUCUGGUCUACAUUACCCUACACCAUCUGCAAGGAAGAAACAGUGACUGCUGGCAUGUCUAAUGAAGAGGAUUGUUGGAAUGGACACACCAAAGCUAAGUAUCUACCUGAGAUCAUGAAUGAUGGACUCACCAAUCAGAUAAACAAUCCUGAGGUUGAUGUGGACAUCACCCGGCCUGAUACCUACAUAAGACAGCAAAUCAUGGCACUAAGAGUAAUGACCAACAAACUUAAAAAUGCAUACAAUGGGAAUGAUGUGAACUUUCAGGACACAAGUGAGGAGACCAGUGGCUCCGGUAGUGGAAGCGGCUGUACAGAUGACAUUUGUCCAACGGAAUUUGAAUUCAUCACCACAGAAACUCCUCUCAUUGACUCAGGCAGGAGGGAAGUCGACUCUUCAGCCAGCCAGCCAAGCCCAUCUAUCCUCACAGGCUUCCUCCUUCUUACAGUCUUUCUCCUGCAAAGACACUGCAGAUAAUCCCGGCUCCAGUCAGCUCUGACUGCCUUUUAGCUAUUGAAAAAGAACAGAACAGCCAAUUAGCUCCUUUUCUGAUGCCCUCAGACAAUGGACCACACCACCAACCCUUACGGUUUUCUACCAGAAGGAAGCGGCCCUGCACCCUGCCGCAUUUUGGCACUUUCACGGAGAGUGUGCCGGGGCCUAGAAGAGCCUCUUCUGGUUUCCAUCUGGGGAAGGCGAUGUCUGCUUCUCAGCGAUCUCUUCUCUCACACUUUUAUUCUAGAAGACUUUUCAGAAUAUGAUUUGCUUUUAUGCCUCAGAAAGAAAAAAAAGGGGGGUAAGAGAUUUAGGGGACCCGACAUGGGCUUUUAUUUUUAUUUCUUCUUUUUUUUCCAUUAGAAAGAAAAAGAGAACGGGAAGAAGAAACAUGUUGAAAAUAAAGCUAUUCCAAGGCCGAAUAAUAAGCACGUACAUAUGCACCCACAGGAAAGCCAAGCCUUCUUAUCUAGGACAUUUCUGUAUUGCACUUCAAAUCACCAAAAUGAUGUUAAGUCACUGAGAGAAUAUCUUGGAGUUUGGUGUUUUGUUUUGGGUUUUUUUUUUGUAACACAGGUCUAACUAUGUUUAUUCUUAACUGUCAAACAGAAGAGUUGGCGGAGAGGUUUGAAGCAGAAAUAGGACACUUUCUGAGAACAAGAGUAGCACCUUUCUGUCCCUUUCCUCUCACCAGUUUGUGUUUGACAACUACCCUGUUUCCCGAAAAAUAAGAGCUCCCUGGAUAAUAAGCCUAA